UUCUUCCCCCGCUCUGCUCGCUGCGUUAGCACUCUUGCUCUCUCAAAUUCAUUCUCAUCACAAACCAAUUCUUGCUUUCGCAUUCCUCAGGUUUUUCUCAAUCUCAAAUACCCUUUACCUCUAGAUCUUAUCGUCAAAGUUUCCUCCUUUUACGAAUCCAAAUCUGCUGUGAUCUUUAGGUCAAAGGAACCCAUUUUUUGAAUCGUUUCCUUCGAUUUGAUAUUAAAAAAAACUUAUCUUUAUGACUCCAAUGAUCUAAAGUUUAUCUAAUCUUAGAUUGUAAUGAUGGAGCGGUUAACAUCUCCUCCUCGUCUAAUGAUAGUCUCCGAUCUUGACGAAACCAUGGUUGAUCAUCAUAAAGAUCCUGAGAAUCUAGCUCUAUUGAGGUUUAAUUCAUUGUGGGAAGACGCUUAUCGACACGACUCUCUUCUUGUUUUCUCAACAGGAAGAGCUCAAACAAUGUACAAGAAACUGAGAAAAGAGAAACCUUUGUUAACCCCUGAUGUUAUCAUUACUUCUGUAGGAACUGAGAUAGCUUAUGGUAACUCAAUGGUUCCUGAUGAUAAUUGGGUUGAAAUCUUGAAUAAGAAAUGGGACCGAGGAAUCGUCCAAGAAGAAACCAGCAAGUUCCCUGAGUUAACUCUUCAGGGUGAAACAGAACAGAGGCCACACAAGCUUAGCUUUAAUAUUGACAAGAGUAAGGUUAAGGCAGUGACGAAAGAGCUAUCUCCGCGGUUAGAGAAACGUGGGGUUGAUGUCAAAUUCAUUUUCAGUGGAGGAAACGCUUUCGAUGUUUUAGCAAAAGGUGGAGGAAAGGGACAAGCUCUUGCUUAUCUGCUAAAGAAGCUCAAGACUGAAGGAAAGCUCCCUAUCAACACUCUUGCUUGUGGGGACUCUGGAAAUGAUACUGAACUAUUUACCAUUCCCAAUGUUUAUGGUGUCAUGGUAAGCAAUGCUCAAGAAGAGUUGUUGGAGUGGUAUGCUGAAAAUGCGAAAGACAAUGCAAAUAUAAUCCAUGCGAGUGAGAGGUGUGCGGGUGGGAUUACACAAGCCAUUGGUCACUUUAAGCUUGGUCCAAAUCUUUCUCCAAGAGAUGUUUCUGACUUCUUGGAGUGCAAGGCGGAUAAUGUGAACCCGGGUCAUGAGGUUGUGAAGUUUUUCUUGUUCUACGAGAGAUGGAGACGAGGUGAAGUUGAGAACUGUACGACAUACACAUCAAGUCUCAAAGCUUCAUGUCAUCCUUCUGGUGUCUUUGUUCAUCCAUCUGGUGCUGAAAAGUCUCUCAGAGACACCAUUGAUGAGCUUGGCAAGUACUAUGGAGACAAAAAAGGGAAGAAGUUUCGUGUUUGGACUGAUCAGGUCUUGGCAACAGACACAACUCCAGGGACUUGGAUAGUAAAGCUUGAUAAAUGGGAGCAGACUGGGGAUGAGAGGAAAUGUUGCACAACAACUGUCAAAUUCACCUCAAAGGAAGGAGAAGGGUUUGUGUGGGAACAUGUGCAGCAAAUAUGGUCGGAGGAAACAGAGAUUAAGGAUGAUAGCAACUGGAUCAUCUGAAUCUUUUUUUUUUGUUAAUUCCCUUCAUUACAAAGAAAAAUAAGCCAAACUAUAUACUGGAAGACUUUUAAAUAAAAGUAAUUUAAAAAAAAAAGAAUACUGUGGACUAUAUUCCUUAUAUAAAAAUAUAGUCCUGAAACUUUCAUAUAUCUGUUUUUAGUGUUUUUCAUAAAUAUUGCUUAAAUUUUAUGUAAGUUUUCAAAUUUUGAAUAUGCAUAAUUUUUAUUUCAAUAGUCGUAUAUGCUUUUUAAAUA